AUAUUGUCCGGGCGUUGCAAACGAGACUGAAAACGUAUGUUUACCGACGGGUUUGCCAAAAUGGUGAAACAAGAGAACUCUUUCAGGUCACAGCUCUGUGUACUUCCGUCCUGAUCCGUCUUUUUCGGUGCGCUGUGCGGACCAACAACAGGCGUGUGAGACUAGACGUACUACACACAUAACGGUUGUAUUUAUAAUCCUUGAAGGCCAUUUCUAUGGACGUUGUUCGCAAUCGAAACAGAAUAAAUUUCUCCCUCCAUCCACACGUGGGUGUUGAAAUUGUAGCUUCGAGCUUUGCCCUUUCAUCAGAACAGUACCGAAAAGAAAUGCAUCAAAUAUCAUAAUUCUUGACACGGCAGCACGUCGAGUGUGGUGAAGAUUUUUCCAAACUGAUUUUCGUCUAGACUUGUCGGUUGUACACUACACGGUGGAAAAUCAAUUGCAGCCGUACCGUUCGGUCUAUCACCAGGCAUACUGUUGCAUAGAGCGCACACGAUAACUUAUGUAAUUGCAAUCGGCUUUCUUUUCACUCUGUUCGUUGCACUAACGUGAGGGCGUGAAGCGAAGGAACAUCCUUACGGACAACGAACUCCCUCAACGCAAACAACACCUUCGGUGGCCGGCUCCCGAUAUAGAACCACCGGUCAAUGGCUCACAGAGCACGACAACCUGUAGCUACACGCUGAUACCUAAACGUUCUCCACACUUUCUUCCCCCGGAGAAGUAGUACCACAUUCUUGGUGGGGUAGCAAACGCGUGGACAAAGAAAUUCCGUCGCUGGGUGAGAGUAAGGCGUAGGACGCAGUGGAGGCAAUAAGCGAUUAAAGUCCCCCCGCUCGGUGGAAAGGUGGACCUGCCAGCGACACAAAACAAACGGAAGAACCGGUAGAAGGUUGAGAACACGGGAAGAAAGUGCAACGACAGCAUUGGCAAAUCUCGCAUCUCUACGUGAGAUUAAUAUGAAGUUCGUGUAGGAUUUGUGGCGCCUGCGAAGAGGAAAGCAAAACAAACACCCAACAAAGUUGUCCGCGCUUUGGUGAAACAAGUGAAGAAAAAAGCACAACUUUACAAGCGCAUCCUUUCCUACAUGCCAGCAGUUACAUGGCUAGCAUAAAAGGUUAAUUAGUAGCUUCAUAACCUUUGGCGUACUUUUUGCUUUUCUUACGCCAUUUGCUUUGAUUGUCCAGCGUAAGUUAAUGACUUUUUCUCGGUGCCCAAAAACAGAACGGGAGAAAGUUUACCGUUGACACCGAUUCCGUUCCCGCCAUGCCUUUGCUAGUGGGGACGGAUAAAAAUGUUGUCCACUUCUUACUUAAGGUUCGUCUGACCUAGUAUCAGUUUCGCCAGUGCGCUAAUGGUUCUCUUAGUCACUUAAACAAUAGAGGACAUUCAACACAACAACAUGGCACAUAUUUACAAAGGGAUUUAUGCAGAUACAAAUGACACGCAAUAGCAAGAAAUGAUUCAUCUUGUUCUAAAAGCAUCCACAACGUUGUUAUUCUGUGCUAUCUACUUAUAUUAUAUUACACUCAAAAAAACAAAUAUUAACCUUUAAUAUUAAAUAGAAAAAGUGACAAAAUUCUUUGAACAUUUCACAUCUUCAGAUCAGCUGCCCACCACUUAACGGUAUUUUUCUGCUCAAAUAAUUUCAACUUUUAUAGCAAAGAUCAUCAAACCAACAGCACUAGACACACCUCCUUCAUUACAAGUGGCAGAAGCUUAUAUCAUUUCUGCAGGGAAAACAAUUAGCAACUCCAACCUCAGAAAGGAUGAUCAUCAACGCGACACGCGAAAACUCAUUCUUUUCCAAUCGAUCAUAACACGCCUGAGUGGAUGGCAGGUCGGUACCAAAAUGCCUACGACAACAACACGACGCGACAACGGCUUGAUGAUCUAUCUUCGCGCAUAAAAGCCGCGCACGAUCCCACCCCAAAGUGCGAUGGCACACGCGCAACACACCACGGUCACGGUCUUGGUGAGGUUCCUUUAGCCAACGCUCCAACAGACGAUUGUCAAGUUCAUGGUUCGUCCAGCUAAAGACGACCCAACGGCAAUCAGUCGAGCUGUGGACGGCGAACGUAGUGGACACGCUGCAAAACAGUAACGCAGUGCAGAUUUGUUGGAACUCAACAGUCUUUUUAGUAGUUUAGUUGCAUUUACGACCAGCGGCAUGAAACAGUUGUGGAUAGUGGCGAUCCUAAUCGCUACAUUUGGUGUCCUGACAGUGAAUGGAUUUUUUCUACUGCUUAAAACACUCGCCCAUGCUGGACGGUACCUAAACGAGCACUAUCCGGACGAAGGUGUCAAUUACCGACAGUCAGUGCCAGAGUAUGAUUUCGUAAUUGUCGGUGCUGGAGCGGCUGGAUGUGUGCUGGCCAAUCGUCUAUCGGAGAACUCGCAAUGGAAGAUAUUGCUGCUCGAGGCAGGACCGGGCGAAAAUGAUCUUCAGAACAUUCCACUGUUGACUACGUUUUUGCAAAGCUCCCAGUACAACUGGGCAGACAUUGCAGAGGCACAAAACACAUCCUGCUACGGUAUGAUCGAUCAACGCUGCAGUUUGCCGCACGGUAAAGGGCUUGGAGGAUCGACACUAAUCGACUACAUGCUGUAUGGACGCGGUAAUCCCUCGGAUUACGAUCGGUGGGCCGCACAAGGUAAUCCAGGCUGGUCACAUGCGGAUGUGUUUCCGUACUUUCUCAAAACGGAACACGCGGAACUGCGAGGACUGGAAAAUUCUACCUAUCACGGUAGGAACGGUGAGCUACAGGUUGAGUUUCCACCGUUUCGCACCAAUCUGGCACGCACCUUCGUGAAUGGUGCCCGAGAAGUUGGUCAUCGUAAGAUCGACUACAACGGCAAAUCACAACUUGGAGUAUCGUACGUACAGCGGACGGGACGGCGUGGUAUGCGACAAACAGCCUACCGUGCUUUCAUCGAACCAGUGCUCUACAAGCGUCCCAACCUGUACGUCCAGCCCUACAGUCAGGUGUUAAAGUUAUUGAUAAAUCCAGACACCAAAACUGCGUACGGAGUAACGUACACGCGACACUUCCGUAACUACGAAGUACGCGCACGCAAAGAAGUGAUCGUGACGGCCGGUAACAUCAACUCCGCCCAGCUGCUACUGCUGUCCGGUGUGGGACCACGGGAACAUUUGCAGAACUUUAACCUUCCGCUCGUGAGUAAUCUGCCCGUCGGUCAAUCGUUCAUCGACAGUCCCGUCUUCAACGGACUUACGUUCGUGCUGAACGAAACCGGACAGGCACUGUUAACCGACAGCCGCUUCCAGUUGCGUUCGCUCGGUGAUUAUUUCCGCGGCGAAGGCCCGCUGACGGUACCGGGUGGCGUCGAAGCAAUCAGCUUCAUCCGUACCGCAAACGCUACUACCGAGCCGGGUGUACCGAACAUUGCCAUCGUCUUCUCCACCGGAUCGCUCGUCUCGGACGGUGGGCUUGGGCUGCGCAAAGGCAAACGCAUCAAGACAGCCAUCUAUAACAAGGUGUACCGUCCACUGGAGAACCUGCACAACGACCAGUGGACGGCCAGUGUGGUGCUGCUGCAUCCGGAGUCACGGGGCCACAUGAAGCUGCGUAGCAUCAAUCCGUACAGUGCGCUCAAGAUCUAUCCCAGCUACUUCAGCGCCGAUCGGGACGUCGAAACGAUGCUCGCCGGCAUUAAGGAGGCGGUGCGCAUUUCCAAGUCACCUGCCAUGCGCCGGUAUGAUGCACGCGUCCUGGGUAUACCGUUGCCGAACUGUGAACAGUGGGACCAGCGGGAAGAUGACUACUGGCGCUGUGCAAUACGGACGCUGUCCAGUACGGCUUACCAGCAGAUGGGAAGUUGCCGCAUGGGCCAGGCAAGUGAUCCACUAGCGGUCGUAGCAUCGGAUCUUCGUGUACACGGUGUACAGGGAUUGCGGGUGGCCGAUGUAAGCGUGGUACCAACAACCAUUUCCGGCCAGUCGGCAGCGAUUGACUACAUGAUCGGAGAGCGGGCAGCCGACAUCAUCAAGGAGCAGUGGCAACAGGGUAGCGCCGAAAACCCCACAACACCCGCCGUUUGAAGCAGCACUAGUGAUACGUUAGGAUAAGAGACAGCUCAAUAAAGGCCGCUAUUUAUUUCUAUA